AUAUAAAAAGCACGUGACAACUCUGACACGACCUCUAUCCCGUGAUGCCUUGCAACAAAUUCUGGCGGCGGCUGUUCUGUCGGUUGCGUGACCUCCCUGUGAUGUUGAGGUUUCUUUUAUGAGUAAUUAGAUUAAGAAGCCUUUAGGCCAGUAUUUCUUUUUACACAAGUUUGCAUCUUGACCUAAUUGGUUUAUGCGAGUGCGUUUUAUGUUUGUUUAGUGCCACUUAGUCCUCUAAAUCGGUUAGGCUUUAAGUUCGCCGACGGGGGGAUCCACGCAUAUUUCUCGGCUCUCACCACACCCAGACUAAAGGAAGCUGGAGAGUACGGCGGUGAGGGUUGAUUGGGUAUUUGUGACGAGGUGUUAAGGACUAGGGUUUGUUUUUUUUCCUCUUUUCCUCAUUUUUCGGAAGGCUGGAGCAUCGCGUGGAUUGUCCGGUGAACAGCCAUUGUGAGUGGUGUGGCACCACGGGGCCGGCGGAGUGACAAACUGGGCGGUGGGUGUUACACAGGAGUCCGCGACCAUGAUGGCGUGUUGCAUUAGUGAAGAAGCGAAAGAACAGAGAAGAAUCAACCAAGAGAUCGAGCGACAACUACGAAAGGAUAAGCGGGAUGCCAGGCGGGAGCUCAAGUUGCUCCUACUCGGAACGGGGGAGUCUGGAAAAAGCACCUUCAUCAAGCAGAUGCGAAUCAUCCAUGGCCAUGGCUACAAUGAAGAGGACAAGAAGGGCUUCAUCAAGCUUGUCUACCAGAACAUCUUCAUGGCAAUGCAGAGCAUGAUAAAGGCCAUGGACAUGCUAAAAAUUCAGUACACAAAUCCAGACAACAUCGAGCACGCCAACUUGGUCGGGACGGUAGACUACGAGACGGUGACGACAUUCGACGGCCCCUAUGUGGUGGCGAUCAAGAAGCUCUGGGCCGACGGAGGCAUCCAGGAGUGCUACGACCGACGUAGGGAGUACCAGCUGACAGAUUCUGCCAAAUACUACCUUAGCGAUGUGGACAGAAUAGCUGCCACAGACUACCUUCCCACACAACAAGACAUCCUUCGGGUGCGAGUGCCCACAACAGGGAUCAUUGAGUACCCCUUCGACUUGGACUCCAUCAUCUUCAGAAUGGUGGAUGUUGGUGGGCAGCGAUCUGAACGGAGGAAAUGGAUCCACUGUUUCGAGAAUGUGACGUCUAUUAUAUUUUUAGUAGCUUUAAGUGAAUACGACCAGAUCCUCUUCGAGUCUGACAAUGAGAACCGCAUGGAGGAGAGCAAAGCUCUGUUCAAAACCAUUAUCACAUAUCCCUGGUUCCAGAACUCCUCCGUCAUCCUAUUUCUAAACAAGAAGGACUUAUUAGAAGAAAAAAUUAUGUAUUCUCAUUUAGUGGACUAUUUUCCUGAGUAUGAUGGACCGAAGCAGGACCAUAUCACAGCUCGCGAGUUCCUGCUCAGGCAAUUUCAGUCCCAAAAGCCAGGCUCCGAUUUCAUGUACUCUCACUUCACCUGUGCCACAGACACUGAAAACAUCAGGUUUGUGUUUGCCGCUGUGAAGGACACCAUUCUGCAGCUGAACUUGAAGGAGUACAACCUAGUGUAGGGACACUCAACCACAGGUUUCCAGCCCCACUCCCCUCCCCUUUCUGGCCCCCCUUCCCCUCCAGGACAUGUUUUUUUCCCCCACUUACUCUUUUUCUCUCUGGCGCGUGGCCUUUCGCGCAACUCUGUGGUGGUGGGUGAGCGAGGGGGGCUGCCACAAACUCUUUGCGCGGGUGUACGGACAGUGCAGAGACUGGCCACGAUCGAGGACUGUGCUCGCAACUUUUUUUUUUUUUCUCCGAUGCAGGCGGGCGCGAGAUUGGGUGCCAUCGGGGAUCCUCGCGAGGGUUUGCCCCUUGUUCCUCCCCUUCUUUCUUAAGUUUCUUUUUUUUUUUGUUUUGUUUGUUGUUGUUGUAUUGCACUUAUUUAGAGCCAAUUUGUUUAAAAGGGCCCACAUUUUUUAUUUUUUUUUUGCAGAACCUUAUUUGUUGUACCCUCUGUGUUCUUCCCACCUGCCCGCUCUCUCGAGACGGGGAAAUGUGCCGAGACUGCCGUUCUAAGCAGCCUUUUUUCGCCCCUCCUCCCCCCUCUUGUGAACUCGCUGUCUGGAACACAGUGCCAAACGCAAAGCUGGUGUGUGGGGAGUGGGGGGGGAUUCACUUGUUUUUACAUCGGUUGUGGCAAGGGUGCGCAAAGCUAAAAAGGGGAAUGGGUGGGGGAGCCUGCGGUCCCAGUUGAGGACUGGCGAUUGGUCGCACGUUUUGCCACACAGUGACCCACGAGUGUGUGGUAGCCUAGAGCGAAGUAGAAGAGGGUGGGCGAGGGCUGAAUCUGUUCAGACUUUAUGAUGGAUGGUCGUCCAUGCGAGCGAGACUUGUUCCUCUGUGUCGUUUGUUGUUCUGUUAUGCCCGUUUUAUUAUUGUCCCCGGUUUUGUUUUUCUGCGGUGUUUAUUUUACUACCUAGUCAGCAUUUUGUACAUAAAGCAAGUGCAAACGCGUGGCUGCAGCGUGGCAGCACGAGUUCUGGAACAGCCGUGGGUCCAAUUUUGCUCCCCUGUCAGGCACCACCGAAACCCAAAAGAUGAGAGAAGGGAGGAGUGGGGGAAAAGAAAAAUAAGGUGGAUUUUCUAAUUUGUAGUUAUCGGCGAGCCUGGGCCUCUUGCGGGGGGCUCUUUUGCGGUUUUUGGGACGCAGUUAAGGCUUGUCUUUUGCCAGUGUGCGUACUUGGAAUGCUUGUGUACCUGCCUGUGAAAAGCGUGUGUGUGUGUGCGAGUGUAUCUGCGUGCAUGCGCACGCCUGUGUCCAUAUAGGAAGGGCUCGAAUCGAGCAAAAUGUCACGUCUUCGAGAGGACCACCUCCUCAGACCCCGGUCAGGUCCUAUGCUCCCAGUCUUGCGUUUUUGCCAUUUUUCUGCACCUCGGAAAACGAAGAAGGGGCUUUGUGUAGGGAUCAGUACUUCUCGGAAUGCUCCUAGUAAUCUCACCUGUAAAGCACCGAAACUGGGCUUAAAAAAAGAUGCGGCUCCAUGUCUCCAAUUUGGAGGUAGAAGCCUCCUCUGCAUUUCUACUACUUUUAUUGUAUCUGGAAGUUUCCACCACAGGAGUUUUUAUUGAAGCCUUUGCACAUUUUAAGCGAAUGUUUUAAUAUUUUGCACGAUUCAUUUGAAGUUGAUGUGCCAGGCAUUAUCUUCCUUUGGAAGAAACUAUUGGCUUCAGCUAGCUGCAAUAUAUUUUUCAACCAGGAUAAAAAUCAUCCUCAACCCACCUUUCCCAUUUCCUCCUCUCCCACUGCUAUCUUGACAGCGGGGGUACUCCUUUUGGUGCCGCAUGUCUGGGUUGGAUGAGCCGGGAUAAGCUCCCGGCUCAUCGGCCCCAAGGUAGAGGUACAAAAGGAGUCGCCUGGUCGUCAAGUUAAGUGUGUUGAGAGAAGGAAAUGAGAAGGGUGGCGAGGAGAAUUUUCACCUUGGUUGAAAAAUAUUUGGGAGGUCACUCUUUAAGAGGGAUACAUUUUUGUCUUUCCUGUAUUUUUCGUAAACACCCACCCCUCCCGUGAGAUGUUACAGCUGUCCUUGUUUUAGGUCAGCACUUGCUUUAGCUCCAGUCCUGUUUCUGGUUUAAGCUGGAUGUGACGAACGAGGUGUCUGACAAAACUUGACCGUGAGUUCUCUUUGCUUUACUUUCCUGGUUGGUUUAAGCCCCAGGGUUUGCUUAAAGUUAAUUUUCUGGUCUUGUUUGAAGCACAUUCCCACGCUGGAGGGUUUCUGCAGGCGGCUGAAAGACGGACCUUGACCGGGAUGUCGGGAGCUGGUUUUCCUUCCUUAUCUUUUCCCCCUGGGCCAUGUAAAGGGAGGGGAGAGUGCAAAAGAAAAUAAUUACUACUGCCACGUUGCCAAUACAACAGUAGCUGUUUGUCGGGCAAACUCCCUCUUGUAAAGAAGCAAAAGGACGAUGUACCAUUUUAGUGCAACUACAAACGCUUCCGUUGCGCACAGGAUUUCAGUCUGAGCAUGUGUAGAGUGUCGACGUUGCUUGCGGUACGUUUCCUACGAAUGCGUGUGUGAUGGGGCUAACCUCGGUUUGGGCUAGAGGGAAGUGUGGACAAAGCAGAGAAGUCAUUGUGCUAUAGUCUUCUUUUUCCCCCUCGUCUUUUCCGCAAUGCCUUGGCGCUCGAGAUAGGCAUGUAGGAGUUUGAAAUUUGAUGUGUGAGAAGCUUUUUUAUAUGUGUGUCUGUUUGGCAUGUAUGACGAGUAUGGCUUAACAAGAGCAGAAGAAAAAAAAAGUGUGACAGUGUAUCUCAAUAUGUGUCUGUCGGGCCUCUUUCUUUUUAUAUAAAACUUCUAGCUAUCGAGGAGGACAAUGUGUCGGGUACGCUGAAUGUUUUAUAGAGCGACGCGUACUGUCUUACGCGAUUGCCCUGUCCUCUUUUCCCGAUGUUGGUCGUAUGCAGUAGUGAACACGUCUUGCGUACUUCCUUUGACCUAUGCCCCGUUCCCUCUUAAAAACCCAUUCGAUAAAAAAAAAUACUUGGUACCUGAAUCUUGUCGCAUGAGGUAAGACGGAGUAGGCUGGACUUCGCUUCCACGAGUGGUGCAGAACUUGGGAAUUUGGUAUUUGGCACCUUGGGCUUGCUUUUUGGCUGGGUUGAGUUGUUGACCAAACCAAAGUGAGCUGGGAGCUUGUCCCCUCCUUUCUUUGGAGGGAGGGAGGGGGGGGGGGGGGGGUGUUCUGGCACGAGGGAUGGGGGCUCGUGUUUGUCGCAUCCCUCAGUGGAGGGGCUGGAGUGGAACGCUGCGCGAUUUUACAAAGUAGAACAAACCCUUUCUGUUUGCCCUGUGUUUGUACAGUUGUUUGGGGACUUCGUUAUAGAAAGGGCCAGUCUUUUGAUGAUGCCUUUUAUUCUGACUUUUCUUUUUUUCCUUUGAAGCCGGAUGCACAAAUGUUGCUCGAGUUUGUGUAGCUGCUUUUCUUGUGUAGGGGGAAAAACACAUUACAUGUGUGCGUCUUAGUUGCUUCUGUUUUUUUUUUUUUGUACACUUGAGAAGGGAUUGACUGACGGUGCUUCCUCGAUUCCUGUGCAUCGAGAAACCGUGCAGUGAGUGAACAUUGUGCAGAAGACAGCAGCACCGGGCAGAAGAGAACGGACUCCCACCUAGUAUGGGAAAAGGUGUGCGUGCUUUGUGUGUGUGUGCGUGUAUAUAUAUAUAUAUAAAUAUAUAUAAUUGAUAUGAGCUCUUGGAAAAAGAAAAGCUUUGUCAGAUUGUUUGGAGAGAGAAACACACACACACACUUUGAGGACUUUACCUUUAUAUGGAUGUGUAAAUUUGUAAUAUUCAAAUUAAUGCAACCGUUGGGUAAAGUAUUGAAUAAAUUCUCUUAAAUUCUCGUUUGAAACUGAGCCAGUUCUGUGAAGUGCCUAUUCCGCAUUCCAAUCGGCGACUCAAAGUUCAUGCCUGUUGGUUGUACUGAAAUGGACUGCGAAUUUGCACAGGACUACUUGAGCGGCAAAAUCAUGGUGCACCUUUUGGAUUUGUCACGGUAUUGCUAUCCUGUUUUACUUGUCUGGGUCACAAGCUCUUUUUGAAAUUGUCAAGUAUCCUAUAUUCUUUUUCUCCAAACAUUAAAGUUUUUAGACAAAGAAAAUGUAAAUACGGUAUUUCACGAGUGCUAAUCUUGCUGAAACAUUUUGUUUGAAUUAAAUGUGCAUUGUUUUGGCGCUUCAAUAUUCGGUGCAACUUGGUAUGGACGUGGCUGUUGCUGGUUAUUAAGACAAACAAUAAUUUUUCACUUGGUCAUCUGGGUACUACUGAUGCUCUGAAUAAUACUGUUUUUGUUUCAACUACAGAAUUACGGCCCUGUCGAGAAAGGGAGUACCUUAUAGUUGAACAGUAAUAAAGGGAAACACAUUCUGAGAGUACUCCCGUACUCUCAGGAUUUUGAAGUUGUGCAUCUCGCACACCAACUUAGUUGAGAGGCUAAAUAUUGAAGUCGCCUAUCUGAGCCGCUCCAGAGUUCUUUUUGUGGUAGGUUACUUUCGUACGGAGACGGACUUGUUGCUUUCAGAAAAGGGCUCUCAGCAGGUCAACAGUCUGGCAAGGGUGGAUGCACCUUUGUCAGACGGGGGCAACAGACUCGACCAAAAAGGGUGGCCGUAGUGCACAAUGUUACCUGUAUCAAGCAACGUUGCUAGAUCCCCAAUUGCACGAUUGACCGUGCUUAAUGUAUGCCAAAUCAUUGGGCAAUCGUGAUAUCUUCACAAGUGACUGUCAGCUUCGAAAGCCCCGUUUUUUUAAAACUUGCAUGAUUUCGUUAUUGACUAUCGUUGUGGAACAUGAAAGUUGCUUUAUAUGGC